AUGUAUAGCGUUAUCGCGCUUCCACCACCGACAACAUGGCGCGCUGACUCGGGCGCAGGCUCGAAUCGUAUCGCCUGCCCACUCAAGUGUGGGUGGGCGCUCGUUCUCGCGCGCGCCGCACCAUUGUUGUGUGCAGUAGACUCGCGACUCUCGGCCUGCCGCGGCCCGUUUCAAGCGCGCUCGCCGAUACCGACUAAAAUUGCCGGCGAUAAACAAAAUAAUGACCAGUGUACCACAUUACGUGCAACGCGAGUGCAACAAGCGACAACAGUGUGUGAUAACAAGUAUGUAACGUGCGUGUUGUGUCAAACGGUGUGCUUUUUCCGACUUGUUUUGGAGUUUAAGGGCGCGUGGACAGCGCAAUGCACGUCGUGUUUAGAUGCAAUCCAACAGAAAAUAUAA